AUGGGACUCUUUAGCAAGAAAGGGCCUUCUGGGUUUUCUUCAACUUCCACAGCAGAGGAAGUUACGCAAGGGAUUGAUGCAACUGGUCUUACUGUCAUUGUUACAGGAGCCUCUAGUGGUAUUGGCACUGAGACAACGCGUGUUCUUGUGUUGCGUGGUGCUUAUGUGGUCAUGGCAGUGAGGAACAAGGAUGCUGGUAUAAAUGUCAAAGAAGCAAUUCUCAAAGAAAUUCCGGAUGCUAAAAUUGAUGUCACGGGGUUAGAUCUCAGCUCAAUGGCAUCUGUAAGAAAAUUUGCAGAAGAGUAUAAUUCCAAAGGCCUUCCAUUGAAUAUCCUUAUUAACAAUGCAGGGGUUAUGGUAGAUAAAUUCAAGCUAUCUCAAGACAACAUAGAACUCGAUUUUGCAACUAACCAUUUAGGUCAUUUUCUUCUCACAAAUCUUCUGUUAGAGAACAUGAAACACACAUCGAGAAAAAGCAGCAUAGAGGGGAGAAUUGUUAAUGUAUCAUCACUUGGCCAUAGAUAUACAUACCGUGAAGGAAUUCGUUUUGAAAUUAUUAAUGACAAAUCAAGAUACAAGUCAUACAAAAACUAUGUUGCUUAUGCAGAAUCCAAGCUCGCCAACAUAUUGCAUGCUAAUGAGCUUACAAGGCGCCUCAAGGUAAAAGGGUUCAGUGCUAAUUCUCUUCACCCUGGAACAAUUCGCACCAAUAUUAUGCGUAAUGAUAUCAGCGUAAAGUGUCUUCUUAAGGUGCUCCGGCUAAUAUUUAUUAGCAAAACUAUUCAGCAGGGAGCAGCAACCACAUGCUUUUUGGCACUGAAUCCACAAGUUAAGGGAGUAAGCGGCGAAUACUAUGUGGACUGUAACAUUGCCAAACCGAGCUCUCAGGCAAAUGACGCAGAUUUGGCCAAGAGACUCUGGGAUUUUAGCUUCAGUUUGACCAAUCUCAAGUAGUAGUGGAGGUUCAAGUCUUUUUCUGGGCCAUGUUGUAGGGAUCUGUAAUUCGGCACUAUUUGUUAUGAAACCAAUUGGCAGAUCACAUGGUUGUGCAUAUAGAAUAAAUGACUUUAACCCUCUUUCUCUUCAUCCUCUACAAUGGAGUGUACUGUAAAUUAGCAUAGCAAACUCACAAACUUGGCCCAUGCUUAUACAAUUCCAAGAAUUGACAAAGCACUUGAAUGCUUUUGGCAGAAAUAGUUAUCCUUGGUCGUCAAUUAAUGAUACUUCACCAGCCAACC